AUCUAUGUGAGACGAGAUGCCAGCAUCCCCACCUAUGGCCUCCGACAGUCUAUCUCACUGAACAGCAGGCUUCAGGACUGCUAUGUGGACUCGCCAGCUCUCACCAACAUCUGGAUGGCCAGGGCAUGUGCGAAGCAGAACAUCAAAGCCCCAGCACCAGGUACCACCUCCUCUUGGGAAGUGGUGAAGAACCCAUUCAUUGCCAGCUCACUCUCCCUGGUUAAGCUGGUGCUCCGGCGACAACUGAAGGAUAAAUGCUGUUCGGUCCUGGGCAAGUCUGGAGAAGCAAAACCCUCAAAGAGAUUAAAGCCCAAGGACGAUUCAGCAGUCAAAGCCACUCGGCGGGGCGGGGUAAGAAACUCCAUCAGUUCCAAGAGCAAGCAGCCCGUGGAGCAGCAGCCGGGCUCCCCUAGGCGCAGGAGGCCUGCAGGGAGCACCCACGAGAGUAAAGAAAGUUCAAAGGAGAAAAAAGUAACAGUCGGCCAAGAUCUCGAGCACAGAUAUGCUGAACAUGUGGCUGCCACCCAAGCACUGAGCAGGGACAUCGGGACAGCGGCCUGGAAGGGCCAGGUGCUGCUUCCUGAAGCCAGAAAGAGACAGCAGUUUUCGGACAUGUUAACCAUCCAUGGCCUCCCCACAGAGAGCUACCGGGCUCUGUACCACGCUGUGGUCGAGCCGAUGCUGUGGAAUCCUUCCGGGACCCCCAAGAGGUACAGCUUGGAGCUGGGCAAGGCCAUCAAACAGAAGCUCUGGGAGGCUCUGUGCAGCCAGGCCACCAUCCCCGAAGAUGCUCAGAAGGACCCGAUGCCCGGCAGGACGUGGCUGGAGGUCGACCAGGAGCCUGUGCCCAAGAAAUGGCCCAAGUUAAAGAGGGAGAACUAG